AAUUUUGGAUAGCCUUCUUCUCACGCAACCCAUGCAUCAGUGGAAGUAACAGGCUGGAACUAAUUUCAAUUGGACUACCUUGCUCGCUUCUCUUUAGCGUCGUAUUGCUUCAACGCACGAUAGAAUGCAUUGAAUUCUUCUCAGUAUAUAAAUCCAUUGGAGAAUGCAUGCAGCGCAGCCUGUCACCUGCGGCGAGCGCUGCCGCGCGGGCGGCACACCAGCAGGGUGGCCCACAAGUUGGCUUUGCCGCCGCGGGGCCGCCACUGGUGGGCGCCUUCGUUGCCCCGCCCCAGCGGCUUUAAAGGCGAUUUUGCCUGUGGCAGAAGCAUUCCGCAGCUUCACGCCUUCAGCCAAGGUCCUACACGGCUGGCAAGUGCCCGUGGGGAGAGGUGGCGGCCGCAGGGGAGCGGCGGCAGCCGCUGCCAUCGCGCCACCACCCGGCCAGGGGCCAGAAGGCUCGUCGCCGGACCCGCACGACAACACAGCGGCCCCUGUCGCCAUCCCCUCCACUCCGGAGACUGCUUCCAGCAGCAACAACAACAGCAGCAAGUCGCACGGCCCCUCGCCGACCCCGACGGCUCACCCCGCCCCUGAAACAACAGCAGCAGCAGCUGUGCCGUCGAUGUCGCCGGCGCUGCCAGAGCCUGCGCCACCCCCUUUGGAGCGGUUAGACCUGGCGUCAGCGCGCCACUUUGUGAACCUCACCAACGGCAUUGAGGCGCUGCCGCUGCUGCAGCAGCUAGGGCUGAGCUACAGCUUCGUACGCAUCCAGAGCACGGCGUGCGAGCAGCAAAACCUGGAGCUGCUGAUGACUGAGCUGGACGCCAAUCUGCUGACACACCUGGCGCUGGGGCACACCUGCAUUGUGUACGACUGCGGCUCGCGGCGGCGGGACGGCACGCCGCGGGCGCUGUGGUACGGGCUGGAGUUCGUACGCUACUGCCUCACACAGCUGUGGAAGCUGCCUCCCUGCCCGGCGCUGCUGCGCGGCCGCAACGUGUCGCGCACCUUUGACGGCCACAUCCGGUCCUUCAAGCAGUCCACCGUGAAGCGACUCAAGUACUACGCCAAGUACCUGCCUCCUGCAUCCCCCGCCGACACCGGUGCCGCCCCCGCCUCCUCGUCCUCCUCCUCCCCCACCCGGCCGCCGUUGCGGCUGUACGGCGCCUACCGGGCCACCGACCACGACGACGACGUGCCGUACUACGUCGCCCUGCUGCACGCCGCAGAGCUACAGCCGCGGCAGCAGCAGCAGCAGCAGCAGCAGCAAGGCUGGCAGAAGGCGGCGCAUGCGGGGGCGCCGGGCGCUGCCAGCAUCAGCAGCAGCGGUAGCAUCAGCGGCAGCAGCGGCAGUGGGGGCAGUGGGGGCGACGGGGCCAGCAUGGCAGAGGGGCUGCUGCAGGGGGGCACGCAGGCGGGGACGCAGGGAGGGACUCAGGGAGGGCAUCAGGGGCCGGACGGGGAGGCGGUGUUGGCGGCGCACGGGUACCUGCUGUUCCGGAGGGGCGUGUCGCCAGCCGAAUGGGCGGCGGCCGCGGCCGCAGCAGCCGCGGCGGGCGGCGGACGUGACGGUGACGGUGGUGAUUGUGAUGGCGGCGGUACCGGCGGCUGUGGCGGUGGUGGCGGUGUAUUGAUGAGUGCUGACGGGGACUGUGCGGCGGCCUAGGUCUGCUGCCGGUGGCCGGGCGGGUAGGCGGGCGGCAAGCUGUAUGUGCUUGAGGACGUGGACAGGCAUGGGCAGCACGGGCAGUGAGAAUAAUGCAAGCUGUGGCUGCUGUGUUGUGUGCAUGUGUGUGCAUGGCCCGACCGCACUCGCUCACUGGCGGCGACAAGCAAGCUGCUUUGGGUGGAGGCAUCGAGGCACGCCGUGGGAGCCCAGCCAUACGUUCGGCGUCUCGCACUCCCGCUUAUAUGCUGCAUGCGCACACUGCGUGUUGGAUGACACGCCUGGAAGCGAUGGGAAGGGCAAGGGGCCGGUUGGCGUAGCCCCGCAGUGAGCAGUGUGUGUAUUCCCAGACCACAAUAGACAAUUUGCAACGUCAAGGCAAGAUUGCGUGGCUGGUAUACGGUAACGCCGGAUGAGUUCCUGUGCCGAGACAUCACUUGAAGCCAUCCUCGAUUGCUGACUAUCUACGGGCGGACGGCAGGGCAGCUGCAACUGGCGAGCGCGCGUGACUGCUGGUUGUUGGCGCGCAGCGCGGCUGGGAGCGGCGGACAGUUGCGAUACCCUAUGCGUGCGGCGCCGUUUGGAAAAGACGCAUGCCACGUUGGCCGGUGUAAGGCACAGAGGGA